UGCAACUUAAAGCUGGAUGGCAGGGAUACGCCGGAGUGAAAACAGCAGGAAUCACAAGAGGUACCACGCAUGUUGCUCACAAGUGCUUUGCGGACCUUGGUCCAGAUGAGUGCUGGACCUGAGAGGAAGCCUGCUUGGGCAGCAGCUGCCCUGUUGGUUGGCACCGCCUUGCUGGCCGUCACCUCCACAUCCUCCUCCAGUGGUAAGAAGAUGGCCCAAACAGCGGUGGCCCAAGCUACAGUUGCAGCUGCAGGCCCUGGGCCCUGGUGCGUGGAGGAGCUACUGGGCUUCCACACACUCUCUGAACUCUUUAGCAGAGAUGGGGCUGAUAUUUGGCUCUGCUCCUUAGUUGGCUCCAUAGCUGUGGGCCUCAGCGGCAUCUUUCCCCUUCUGGUCAUUCCCAUUGAGGCUGGAGCGGCCCUGAAAACAGAGGCUGGCUGUCAGAAGCUGAAGAGACUGUUGAGUUUUGCUAUUGGCAGUCUACUGGGUGAUGUCUUCCUCCAUCUUCUCCCAGAGGCAUGGGCAUACACUCACAGUCCUGAUGGGAGCAGCCGCCAGUACAGAACCCAGGGCUUGUGGGUCGUGGUUGGACUGCUGUCGUUCCUCAUCUUGGAGAAGAUGUUUCCCGAUGAGGAGAGCAGGCCGGAGAACAAGAGCUUGAACCAAAAUCCUGCUGUAAGUUUGUCAGAUCCCAGCAGCGAGGUUUUUCUUUCUCCCAAAAUUAACGGCAUGUGCAGCAGGGGACUGUCCGAGCCCCAACCAAAAGCUUGCCUCAGCUCACAGUCAGAGCCAGAGAAAAUUAAGACAAGUGGGUAUCUGAACCUCUUCGCUAACUGCAUCGACAACUUCACACACGGUCUGGCAGUAGCUGGGAGCUUCCUGGUGAGCAGGAAGGUUGGUUUUCUCACCACCUUUGCCAUCUUACUCCACGAGAUACCACAUGAAGUCGGAGAUUUUGCCAUCCUUCUGCGUGCUGGCUUUGACCGCUGGAGUGCUGCCCGAAUGCAGUUAUCUACAGCUUUGGGUGGAGUCCUGGGAGCCUGCUUUGCCCUCUGUUCCCAUUCCCAGCAUGGCACAGUAAACUCUACUGCCUGGAUCCUGCCUUUCACCUCAGGGGGAUUCUUGUACAUUGCCUUGGUGAACGUGGUGCCUGAUCUUUUGGAGGAGACCAAUCCCAGGCACUCACUGUUACAGAUCCUUCUCCUGUGCUGUGGAAUUCUAGUCAUGGCUCUCUUGUCUGCCGUGGUAGAAUAGAUAUAGAAGCAUGGUGCUUUACCAAAGAACAUGUGGAAGACUACCCAAACUGGAGGACUGACAGACUACUCCCUCUAGUGUUCAAGCUUUAAUGACUGAGAACUGUUCUUUCUCCCAAAGACUAUGGAGAAACAUAGGGACGCAGAACUGAACUGACAAUCGGAUGGAUGUGUGUGUGUGUGUGUGUGUGACUUGAUUACCAGGGAUCCACAUUCUUCACCGGGUUACCUGGUCCUCCACUCCUUUUGUGUUGGUGUUCUGAGUCUAAAGCUGCUGUAAAUGGUGCCUGAAUGCAAGACAGAACAGCCAGAGAAAGGGAAAAAGAUAAGAUGAAGUAGCUAAGAUAAUCCAUUUAGUCUGCUCAUGGGCUGAAGCGUUCUGCAUCCUACACACGCGUAGAAAAAAUGUAAAAUGCUUCAGCCCUUCUGACACAUAAUACGAGUCAUCUCACCAGGAUGAAUGUCUUAUUAAAAUCAGUACUUCGCUGAGAAAUGAUUCGUCACGGGCAUGGAACAAAACCGCUCUGCAACACUCAUAACAAUGUAUUUAUUUGAAUUGAUGAGUAAUUUAAAUGAUGAAUUUGGGGAAAAAAAGGCUUGUGUAUAGCA